AUGGGGGGAACAGAUCGUCUGUGGCUGUUGGCUAGUUUCUGGCAGGUGGUUUUGCUGACAUGUGAGAAACAUUUAAUUCCCGUGGAGGUUCAAGUUGUAUUUCAGUCCUUCCCUCUCACUGAAGAUCCAGACACCUUCAUAGUCACCUGCAGGGAUGCAAGGAAUCAUCUGGUACAUUUGGAGCCUGUUGAUCGUUCAGCAUGCUCUCCUGAUUGCAAAAUGUCACUGCGAUUGGUUGAGGAUCCUAAAGGAUAUACCAUCACAAUGAGAGCUAGUAAAAAUGAUUCCACUCUUGAAACAAAGACUUUUCACUUUGUUCCCGUCCCUCUGGUCUCUCUUCAUGUAAACUCCACGACUACCUCUGCACUCCUCACAUGGAAACUUCAGAGACAACAAACCCUCUCCACCCUGAGUGUGCACAACACUCACACACAGUCUGUUGCACACAUCAUUAUCAACUCUUCAAAGCCAAAAUCUGAGUACAAAGUAAAAGAUCUCCAGCCUGGAACACACUUCAAGAUCAAAGUUGUGGUUACUACACUCCUCAAAGACCAAAAUUUGACCUUUAAGCAGAGGCUUGACGUUGGCAUGGAAACAGCUCAGUGCCCACCUGGCUGGUUAGCCAAUGAGAGAGGCUGCUACAUUGUGAGAAGGAUAGCUUUGACCUGGAGGGAGGCAGCACACAGCUGCAGAGACCUGGCAGCUGGGAGUCACCUGGCAGACCUGAAGAGCCCAGAAGAUCUGCUUUUCACAUUUACUCACUUGCUGAACCAGAAAAACCUGCUGCUGCUGUGGACUGGACUCAAUGACAGGAAGGAGGAGGGACUACCUCUCUGGUCUGAUGGCUCAGCCUAUAACCUGACCAGCGCCAUUAUGUCAUCACUGCCAGCCAAUGAGACGGACUGUUUUGCCCUUCAGAGGAAUGCCACAGGACCAGAUUACUUUCUCACCCCAUUCUUCUGUAACAUCCCGCUCCCCUUCAUCUGCCAGUUUCAGGCCCCUCCAGUCCCUGCCUCUUUCUCCUUUGACCUGGCUCAGGUGACGGAGCAGCACGUAGAGCUUCGCUGGGGUGACCUUUUGUCCUUGAACUCACUCAAGCUUUCAACUUUUGGGAUAUUUCUUCAUCAAGAGGAGGAGCUUACAGAGUUAGGCCAGGAUGAAGAACAUGAAAGUGGGAAGUCAAAAGACAAAAAAGGGACAAAAAAGAUUGUAAGGGUCCCAAUUUCCCUCUCCUCCAGGGGGGUAACAGUGGCAGGUUUGUUUCCAGGGAGCAUCUACUCCUUCACUCUCAGAGCAUCUCACCCUGCAGGCUCUACAUGGAGCUUGGCACAAACACGGACUGCCUUUACUAGACCUCUGCCUCCCCAUAACAUCACCGUUGGCCUGGUUACAGACAGUCAGAUAAGCAUCUACUGGAUGCAGACGAUCUUACAGUUAAAGGCUGGAUGUACAUUUGUUGUUCGCUAUGUGGACCUAACUUCAAAACAAGAGGGGAUAGUAGGAAUGAAUAACAUCUCCAGGCUGUUGGACACUGUUGGGUUGCAGUCGUACACAGCUGUGAUUAGAGGGCUCAAAUCUUACAGGAAAUACAAGAUUGAUGUUUACACAGUCACCAAGCACGGGAUAGAGAGCUGUGGACAGACUCCUGUGACUGUACAGACCAAGGUGGAGGCUCCUGUUCAUCUGGUGGUAUUGAGCACAACAGGCAACCUUACAGUCUGUUGGUCCAACACAGCUGAUGCCCUACCAGACGGCUAUAAUGUCACAUCCCAACCUCUCGAUACCUCUCCUCCAACCUCACCGUCUUCCCUGUGGAUAAACCAGUCCAGUCCAGCUGCACUCGGGGAACACAAGUCUGUGUGUGUUAAUUUGGGCUCAUUUAUUCCAGGCCAGACUUAUGAAGUGGGAGUCGUCUCACUGAUUGGAAAGGACAGCAGCAAGAGGACCAGCAUCAUACAUACCACAAAUCCACUGCCACUUCAUGUAGCUGUCCCUGUUUCUGUAGGCACAGACUCUGCACAGCUGUUCAUCCAGCAUCCACAGCAGGGUCUGAUUGAUGGGGUCAAAGUGUGUGUGUGUCCAGGAGUGUGUGACCAUGAGUGUGAGGGAUUUUGUGGUUACAAGUGUGACUGGUACUCCCUCCAUGCUGGUGGUCAUAUCAUAACUCUGAGCAAUCUCAGCCCAGGGUCAGAGUACCAGCUGGAGGUGUACAGCACUAGCAAAGAGCAGGUGGGACCACCUUACUACACUCACCCCUUUAAAACAGGCCUCGCUCCUCCUAAUGGAGUGAAGGAGGGUGUGGUUACAGAGUCAUCCAUAGAGCUGCUGUGGGAUCCAGCACCGGGACAGGGUCACAGCUAUGAGGUCGUCUGCCUUAACUGUGACCAUUCGACCAUGGUGCAGAAAGUGUUCAGAGAGAGUGCAACCUUUUCCAGUCUGACUCCAGGCCAACUCUACCACUUUGCAGUACAAACAGAGAAGAAGUCUUUUAUAGACAGUUCCCCGAUCAUCAUCAACAUCACAGCUGCUCCCAGCUCUGUUGAGCUGUCACUUGUGAAUAAAACCUCAUCAUCUGUGUGUGUUUGCUGGAGUAUGGUCAUGGGAGUGGUUAGCGGACUUGUCCUGUCAAUCAAAAAUACAACACUGAAUCGAGAACUGAUCAUUUCUCAUCAUGAGCUUACGUCUUACUGCUUUACAAGCCUGGCUCCUGGCUGCCUGUACACAGUUGAAGUUUUGAGCACCAGUAAAGAAAAAAGAAGUAAACCUGCUACUUUAACCAUCAACACAAGCCCUGGAGAGCCACAGGAAGUGAGUCUGUCAGAGUUGGCAGUGACUUCUUUGUUUGUCACCUGGAGACCACCAGCAGGGCAGGUGGAGGGGUACGAGCUUACUUUCGGCCUAGUGUCUGCAGACAGGAAGUCGUGGAUUCAGGUGUUCAUGCCGGGCACAAGUUAUGAGAUUAGGAAAUUGAUCCCUGGGUCAGACUACAGCGUCACCGUUCAGAGUGUGCUGGGCUCAGACAGAAGUCCAGAGGUGCACAGAGAGUUCAGCACACGCCCAGCAGGAAUCUGCGCCCUUCAUUUAGGAAACAUAAACUCUUCCUCUGUGUCCGUGAGCUGGGACGGUGCACCUGGAGAGUUUGACUUUCACAGAGUCAUGGUGGCUAACACCUCCAUCACAAACUCACUCACCGUGCCCAAGGAGGAGCGGGUUGCCAUGGUGACAGGCCUGCUGGACGGCUGUAACUACAACGUGAGCGCUGAGAGAGUGAGGGGAGAGACAGCGGGGAGCGCUGCCUCUCUAACUGUAACCACAGUGCCGGCUCCUGUGCGAGGACUGCAUGAAGUUAAUGUUUCUGCACGUGAGUUCUCACUGCGAUGGGAGCAGGCGUCAGGGUGUGUCGAUCGUUAUCAAGUGAGCUUACUGCCAAACCAGGGAAAAGUCACAGUGCAUCCUCCACGUGAUGGGUACAUUCAGGCUGAUGUGGUUGAUGUCAGUCCCGGGACACAGUACACUGCGACAGUCACAGCAUCCUCAUCCUCCGUCUUCAGCCCUGGAGUCAGCCGCAUGAUCAACACUAAUGAAAGUGUUCCUGGUGCACCUUUAGGUCUAGAAGGAGAGGCCGUUGGAUCCAACGGUAUUCUGCUCUCCUGGACGAUGCCGCCUGAUGCAAACAAUAUAGAAGAAUAUGUCAUCAGGUAUAAGGAGGUGUGUCCCUAUCCUGAUUCCACCUUCACUCAGGUGACCAAGUUCCUGGACAUACCGGAGAUCCUACUCACUGACUUCAUCUCAGGUUCAACGUAUCACAUCGAGGUAGCAGCCAUUUCUACAGCAGGAAUUGGAGCCUUCAGCAAGCCUUUAUUCAUAAAGACAGCUGAGUCCCCCCCUGGCCUUGUGACCAACUUGACAGCGUUUGCUCAGAACCACACUUUUGUCAACGUUACCUGGUUCCUGCCAUACCGCAUCAACGGCCUCAUUACGAAGUUUGCUGUCAAGGCUAAACACGCUCGCACUGGACAGACGGUCCGGACACUGGAGGUCGAUGCAGAGGACAUCAUGAAUGGAGCCCUGCCUCACUGCAACGAUGCAGCAGACAUCCUUUCCCGUGCGACUCCCAGUCCCUUUGAGAUAACAGCAUCAUCACCCCCCAUCACCCUCUCUGCUGUGCCCCCUAAAGCCUCCUGGAGUGUGGCCAUAUCAGUAGGAGUCGAUCAGCUACGACCUUACACUGCCUAUCUAUUCGAAGUGUCAGCCUUCACCUCUGAUGGAGAGGGUCAGAUAGCCUCCACCAUGGUCCGCAUGCCAGAAUCAGCUCCAGAAGACCCUCCUCAAAACUUCAAUGUCUUGAAUAUGACAUCCAGAUCAAUCUCUGUGUCCUGGAGUUCUCCAAACAUAAUCACAGGAAAAUUCAGCUAUAUGCUCUACCUCUAUGGGCCAACAGGAUACUUGUAUGAGAACAGCACAGGAGACAUGCGUUUUUCUUUCACUGAUUUGACCCCCUACACGAUGUACACAGUUGCUGUCCGAGCCAAAGCUGCUGGAGAAGUGGGUCCAGCAGCCCAGGAGGAUGUAGUGACACUUGCUGAACCGCCCAGUGCAGUGCAGGACUUGAUGGCAAUAGCUGAAGAUUCAGUUUCAAUCCGUGUGAGUUGGAAAAGUCCUGCCCAACCCAACGGUCUCAUCACCCAGUACAGACUGCUGGUUCUGGUUGACGAGGUUCUGCUGCAAGACAUCACCCUCACUGCAGAAAUGAACACAAGUGGUAUGUUUGAAGAUGAAACCCAGCCUCCUGACAUCCAUGACAAUCCAGGACGGCGUAAACGGACUGCGGAGCUCAGUGAGAUCACAUCACCGCCGACUUUCACAGCCACUCUUUCAGAUCGCACACUGCUCACUGUUGUCACUAACUCCCACUUCAAACAUAUCCGGCUAAGAAUGGCAGAUCACACCACUAACACUGAAGCCCAACCCACUGCUGCCUCCAUGAUCGCUGAUGAUUCUAGCACUACUUCACCUCCUGCUUUACCCUUUGACAACAAAAACAUUCAAUCUACUGACUCCAUGAUUACAGCGACUGCUGCAUUUUCUCUUACAUCUGUACCGCCUGCUUCUCUCCCACCCUGGCUAACAAAGCAAUCAUAUGCUAGUGAAAUGACCUCAGACUCAUCCCCCUUGGCUCUGACCACAGGUCAGCUCCGCAUGUCUACACAUGAUGCGCCAAUAAUGGGACACUUUUCAACACGCAUGGCAGCGGCCUCUGGUACUACAGGUGUGACAGUGAGAGAAGAGGUGAUGGACAUGUUGUCAGAGGAGCUGUCUUACCUGGUAUCUGAUCUGAACCCCUUCACUGAAUACACGUUCAGGGUAACUGCAUCUACCACAGUGGGAGAGGGUCCUGCAAAGGACAUUACUGAGAAGACCAGGGAGCAGGUCCCUAGUUCAGUGCUUGAAGUAUCCUAUCAAAACAUCAGCUCUACCUCCAUACUGGUAACCUGGGUCCCACCACUCAACCCCAAUGGGCGGAUCACACAUUACACCAUCUAUGGCAUAAACCUGCACAGUAAUGAGGCUCUGAGAUGGACUUCUGACAACACCAGCUUACUGAUAAUGGAUUUGGACAAAUAUACUGGUUAUAAGCUACGUGUAGCUGCAUCUACAGCUGUGGGAGAGAGCUCUCUGUCUGAGGAAGACGACAUCUUUGUUUUCACCUUAGAGGAUGAGCCUGACUCCCCUCCUGUGGACCUCAUGGUGGAUGACACCAGCCCCUCCAUUGCCACACUGACCUGGUCCCCUCCUGAGAAAGCAAAUGGAGUGAUCCAGUAUUAUGAAAUCAUGUAUGAGAAUGAAUCCUUCUCUGCAAUGAUGAACACAACUUCAAACAGAAUCACUCUGAUGAACCUGAAGCCGUUCUCCUACUACAACGUAUCUGUGAGGGCGUAUACGCAGUAUGGCCACGGCAACCAGGUGUCAGACACUUUAUACCUGCUGUCUGGAGAAGAUGUCCCUGGCAGUCCUCCGUAUGGUGUUGCAUACGAGUCGGUCAGUCCUAGUGAGGUGAAUGUGACCUGGCAGCCACCUCUUCUGCCUAAUGGAGUCAUUACCCACUACAGCCUGGAGCUCUGGAAUUCAACACACUAUCUAAACCUCACCUCUCUGACCAACUACAUCCACAUCACACAUCUAAGGAAGUAUGCACACUACCGCGCCAUGGUACAAGCGCACACACGUGUCGGGCCUGGGAACUACAGCAGCGAGCCGCUCAACAUCACCACACUGGAGGAUGCUCCAGACACACCGCCUCAGUUCCUGCGUGCCAGGAAGUUGUCAGAUUAUGAGGUAGAGUUGUCAUGGCAACCACCACUUGAAGCUAAUUCAGAAGUACUUUACUACAUCGUCAGAGUUUGGAAUGAAACGACUGAGCUGUGGCAGAAUGUAACUCAGACAUCUGUGGUCAUUAAUGUGGACUCACAGAGCCGCUACAACGCCUCAGUCUCCAGCUGGACCAGGCUGGGAGACGGAGGAGUUCUGAUCUACAUCAGCUUUACUACAACUGAUGCAGAACCAUUUGACCCCCCACAGAAUGUGACUCUAACAAAUGUGACUGCCUCCUCUGUCACCAUACUCUGGCACCCUCCAACUCAACCCAACGGGAUCAUUGUUUAUUACAGUAUUUACUACUCGGACAACAACACUGUGAAUCAGCAGAGAGUUCCAGUUUCGACCUUACUUGACCCAGUCCCUCCACAUUCGUUCUUCUCCUACUCUCUGACUGGGCUGGUUGGGGGCACAAACUACACUCUGUGGAUGACCUCCACCACCGUGCAGGGGGACGGAGGGGUCCAGAGCGAGCCAAUAACUGUCUUCUUACCAGAGAACGUGCCAAGUGACUCGGUCCAAAACCUGUCGGCCCAGAUCUUCAGCUCCACGGUCAUCAUCGUUAGCUGGGACCCUCCCCUUGAGCCCAAUGGUCGUCCUUACUACCUGCUCACCUUACAGGAGGCUGGUAUCCUCCCAGAUGUGACCAACCAAGGAGCUCCGGCUGUCAACAAGACCAACAAGAUUACCACGACUGAUACUGUUGUCCUGUUCACCAAACUCAGGAAGUAUUUCCCCUAUGUGUUCACUGUUACCCCAGCAACUGGUGCUGGCCCUGCCUACAACCACACCAGCACGAUGUACCUGAGAACAGAUGAUGAUAUUCCUAGUUCUGCUCCUCUGCUGGUGUCCACCAGGAAUCUUUCAUCCUCCUCUAUCAAAGUGGUCUGGAAGCGCCCUCUAGAGGCCAAUGGGGAGAUAACCGAGUAUACCCUCACUCUCUUUGGCCCGGGAGGAUCAAACACAACACAAACUCCCAGCACCUCAUUCAUCCUCACCAAUCUGCUUCCAUACACAGCUUAUAAUCUCAGUAUCACUGCUGCAACUCGUAAAGGCUCAGGGCCAAACCUGCUGCUGCAGCUGCACACUGAUGAAGGAGGCCCCAUGUCCCCUCCCCGUAACCUGACUAUAUACAACCACACCGCAGUCUCCGUGUGGCUGAGCUGGGAGCCGCCCCUGGAGCCCAAUGGAGUGGUGAUACAGUACGGCUUCAGGAUCCGAGACCUCAUUACACACACCGUCACACACAGGAAUUCCUCAGGUCCUUCAACAACUGAGAGUCUGUCAGGCUUUCGGCCCCAUAGCUCCUAUGAGAUCAGCGUUUACAGCUACACCAGAGUGGGCCAUGGGAAUCAGUUCAGCAGCCCAGUGACCUUCACCACUAAUGAGUCAGUGUCUGAUGCUGUGGGGAAUUUGUCUUGCUCUGGUGUCAGCUGGGAUUCAGUCCAGCUGUCUUGGGAACCUCCAGCUAACCCUAAUGGGCAAAUCCUUUAUUAUGAGAUCCUUCUGGAGGUUGACUCACAGUCCUCCACUCACCAGGCUCCUUCAGCAGAGUACACAGUGAUGGGGCUUUUAGCUGAUCAGGACUACGCAUUCACAGUGGCUGCAGUGAACUCUGCCGGACCUGGAGACAGUGUAAACUGUACUGCCUCCACUCUAUCUGAAUCAGCCCCGGCUGCUCCUCACUUCCUCACCAUCCCUCAGGUCACAACCAGCAAUGUGACACUCCAGUGGGCUCCACCGUCCCCUAUUCCCGGUCUGCUGAAAGAGUACCACAUCAUUGCACAGCUGCUCUCCUCUGUUUGUGAACCAAACAUGCUGACUACCACACAGCCAGACCCAGAGGACGAACUGACCCCGGACUGUGUGGACUCUGAAUCUUCAGUGUCAGUGAAUACUUCAGAUGGCUCUGAAAGGAACCGCAGUAUCACAAUCCAAUCCUUGGCUAAGUACAGAUACUAUCGCUUCAAAGUAGCAGCUGUGACCAAUGCAGGAGUUGGAGAAUAUACAAGCUGGACCUAUGCACGCACCCUGGCUGGAAACCCUGAUGCCCCUCCUCGUGACCUGAAAGUGACCCGCACCUCCAACAGCCUUCGCAUUGAAUGGGACUCCCCAGCUGUUCUCUCUGGACCGACUUCCUAUCUUGUGCAGGUUGAUGGUCCUGAUUCAAACAUCUCAACAGUCCGAGCUCCAGGAGAGCUGAUGACCGUCGUUGUGACUAACUUGACUGCUUUUACUCGUUACUCUGUGACUAUCACUGCCUUCACUGGUCCACUGGAGCUUGCUGCUGCUGAUGGGAAAACUAUUGGGCCCACUGUGUUCCAAACACUAGAGGAGGAGCCCAAAGACCCUCCAAAGAAUGUGAUCUUAUCAGUUCUGCCAGAUGAAGUGAACCGUGUGAAGGUGACUUUUAACCCUCCAGAGGAGCCCAAUGGAAACAUAACGGACUACUUUGUGUAUAUCUAUGACAAGGACCGGCUGGUCAAGAACGUCAGCCUUAAUAUCACUCAGAGGGACCACAACAAAAUGACUGGUGUUAUAGAGGGCCUUAAAGGUGGACAAAGCUACAGCAUACAGAUCUCAGCAAAGAACGGUGCUGGUAGGAGCCCACCUAGCCCACACGUCCAGAUCACCACAGGGAUCAAACCCCCGGCCAAGCCAACCCAAAGACCCCAGGCAGUGCUGGGCCAUGGAGGGGUUGCCAUGGUAACCCACAGGAGUAUCACCAUCCGCAUGCCUGCCUGUUUCUAUAGUGACGACAAUGGACCAAUCACAAAAAUCCAGGUCAUCGUAGCCGAGUCAGGGGUGAAGGACAUGCUGAACCUGACAAACUGGAAGAAUGCUUUCUAUUUCCGCCCUGCCCCGUACCUGACUGACAAGGGGUUCCCCAACCCGCUGUGUAUUUUGGGGGACGGAGGAUCACGCACGGAUACACAUGUCAGAGGUGGUCACAGAGUGUCCAGAGACGCCUGGCCUCAAGUGAGAUUCAAUCACUCCACGGCAGGAACGUACGUGAUCGGGGGAGACGAUGACUGUUUGAAGGAGAAUUACACUGACAAUUUGUGCAAUGGACCUCUGAAGCCAAGCACGGUCUAUGUGUUUAAGUUCAGAGCCACAAACAUCAACGGCCAGUUUACAGAUUCUGAUUACUCCGAGCACGUCAAAACUUCAGUGGAAGGGUGGCUGACCAGGGAUGAACAGAUCAUUUUGGGCGUUCUGCUCUCCUUCUUUUUAUCUGUUUUACUCAUCGUGAUCAUCUGUGGCUCAGUCAAGAUCCAUCAGCGCAAGAAAGAGGGCGGGACUUACUCACCCAGAGAGGCAGAGAUCAUAGAGACCAAGUGUAAACUGGAUCAGCUGAUCGCUGUGGCAGAUCUGGAGCUGACACAAGAAAAACUCAACCGGUACUCUUCCUUCUUCUUUAGACGGAAAGAGAUUUAUGUGAUCCAGCUGCUCAGCUACCGGAAAUCACUGAAGCCUGUGAAUAAAAAGUCUUUCCUGCAGCAUGUGGAGGAUCUGUGUAACAAUGACAAUGCUAAGUUCCAGGAGGAAUUUUCUGAGCUUCCUAAACUGCUGCAGGACCUGGCAACCACAGACGCUGACCUGCCCUGGAACAAAUCCAAAAACCGCUUCCCCAACAUCAAACCUUAUAACAACAACAGAGUCAAACUGCUGUCAGAACCAGGCACUGCAGGCUCCGACUACAUCAAUGCCAGCUUUGUCUCUGGCUACCUCUGUCCUAAUGAGUUCAUCGCCACGCAGGGUCCUCUGCCUGGCACUGUGGCUGACUUCUGGAGGAUGAUCUGGGAAACAGGAACUCGCACCAUUGCCAUGCUCACGCAGUGUUACGAAAAAGGCCGAAUUCGGUGUCACAAGUACUGGCCAGAGGACAAUAAGCCAAUGUCCGUGUUUAGUGACAUUCUCAUCUCCAAAGUGUCAGAGGAAGUCCUCCCCGAUUGGACUGUUAGGACGCUCAAAGUAGAAAAGCACGGCCACUACAUUUUGGUCCGCCACUUUAACUACACAUCGUGGCCUGAGCAUGGUGUCCCAGAGUCCUGCAGCACUCUCAUCAAAUUUGUCAAAGCCGUCCGAGCCCACAGACAUGACAACAGCCCCAUAGUGGUUCACUGCAGUGCUGGUGUGGGGAGGACAGGCGUGUUUGUUGCUCUCGACCACCUCAUUCAGCACGUCAGAGAUCAUGACUUUGUGGAUGUUUACGGCCUGGUGGCUGAACUGCGAAGCGAGAGGAUGUGUAUGGUACAGAAUCUGGCCCAGUACAUCUUCUUACACCAAAGUACGCUGGAACUUCUGAACAACAAAGGAAACAGCCAGUCAAUCUGGUUCGUUAGCUACUCUGCUCUAGAGAAGAUGGACUCGCUAGACGCCAUGGAAGGUGAUGUUGAGCUGGAAUGGGAAGAGACCACUAUGUAAGGGAAACUUUAGCCUGAAGGAGAGCAACAUUUGUGUGUUUCUGAGGUCACUCGGACAACACAAACAUAAAAGAGGGAGCAGGAGGUGAAACUAGAGAUGAACAGCACAGUCUGAGCUGAACGGCCUGUCAGUCAACUACGACUUUGUUGCUCCACUUCUAACCACUUCUCAGCACAGUCCUCCCUUUAAUGGACCUUUGGUCCACUUGUUUUCAACAAGAGAGUGAAAUACAGAGGUACUAAAGAAAAACUGAAAUGACAGGAAGAAAUAGUGAAACAGUGUGCUGAGGGUGAAAGCUCUAUCACAUGUAUACGCCUGCAGGUACUUUGCACAA